UUUACUUUUCAGUGAAAGGAGAUUUAACAAUUGUCAGGCUGGAGGACGAAGAAUAUUUUGAGAAAAGUGUGUCAUUAAAUUAAAUUAUUCGUAGUCAGGACUAUAUCUUGAGAAAAUCAUAGUAUAAUAGUGUGGUUUUGUUUAUUACUAACGUUUGUAUGUAGUGCUACUUCCCCGUCGUUAUAUUGCUCGUUGGUGUGUCGCUUAGCUAAAUUCAAUGGCUAUGAUAUCGAAGUUUUAAUCUGGCGAGUCGCUUUGACGUUCUCCGUGGGGCAAAGUAACGAGAAAGCGAAGCGACGCGGUCAGACAUGAGCAGACCUCAAGGCGGACGGAUCCAAGUCCCCGAUGACCUCAGGGAGAUCCUGUUGGAGUUCACCAUAAGUUACUUGUUGGAGCAGCCGGGUGACGUGAUCAACUACGCGGUCGAAUUCUUCACGAGGUUACAGAACAACAGGACAACGACUAUAGUGCGGGGCCCUUCGGCGGGCACUCCCGAUGAAUCUAUAAUAUCAGACGAAGAAGAGCCGCCGGUGGCGCGCUUCAACAACCGGCGCAAGUCAGUGUUCGCGGAGACAUACGACCCUGAAGAAGAUGAUUCGGAUGAAGGCGCGCCAGCUGUAUUCCCCAAAUCAGAUGCUCAACGGGCGAGGCUCGCCGAGGCCGUGCGAGGAAUCCUGCUAUUCCGCUCCCUCGAUGCACAGCAAAUGCAGCAGGUAUUGGAUGCGAUGUUCGAGAAACGAUCCGAGCCCGGCGAAUAUGUAAUCCGGCAGGGUGACGACGGUGACAACUUUUACGUCAUCGAGAAUGGAGUUUUUGACGUACUCGUCACAGGGGACGAUGGCGUGGAGAAGGUGGUUCACACAUACGAGGGAUCAGGCUCUUUCGGUGAGCUGGCGCUAAUGUACAAUAUGCCGCGCGCCGCAUCAGUUCGCGCUCAAUCGCCAGGUGCACUAUGGGCCAUGGACCGUCACACCUUCCGCCGCAUCCUUCUCAAGAGCGCGUUCAAGAAGCGCAAGCUGUAUGAAGAGCUGCUGGACAAAGUGCCCAUGCUCAAGGCUUUACAGUCUUACGAGCGCGCCAAUCUCGCGGAUGCCCUACUGCCGCGCACUUUGAUCGACGGCGAGCUCAUCAUCAGGCAGGGAGACAUGGCCGACGGCAUGUACUUCGUGGAAGACGGCUCCGUCAGCAUCCGCAUCGCGCGUGACGAUGGAAACGAGCACGAGAUCAAACGCCUAGGAAAAGGUGGAUACUUUGGUGAACUAGCUCUGGUCACCCACAAACCUCGAGCAGCUUCCGCCUACGCUGUUGGAGCUACCAAGGUUGCAUUCCUGGACGUGGAAACAUUCGAACGUCUGCUGGGUCCGUGCAUGGAGAUAAUGAAGCGCAACAUCGACGAUUACGAGGAGCAACUCGUCAAGCUAUUCGGCGACAAGAGCAACCUCACCGACGUGCGAUGAGCGCCUCGUGCACAGCGCGUACCACCCCGCAUCCCCACCAUCUCCACACCCCCAGCCUUGACGUAAUCUUACCCUUAUUACCCACCCCACGAACGCAGGACUUUAACUCGAGGAAAAACAAAGAAAACUUCUAGUACAUGUACAACACUUUAUGGGAAUUUGUCUCCAUUAAAUUCUUGAAUACUAUAAUCCGCGAACUAGAAGUUUGAUACCGUUUACAUUGCUCAAGCACGCAUGCUGUCGCAAAAAAAAAUAUUUGUUUAGCCUCCAACAGUGACAUGGAUCAGGGCCAAUUUUUGAACAAUACAAACAUAAUAAAUUUAUUAAUUGAUAAUAAUAUAGGUUUUUUUAUUGGCUAACAGAUUUUCGUUUGUAUUUUGAUAAUUCCUGCUGCGAUAAAUUCGGUUAUUCAAUGUGAUUGACUCUAUUGAAUAAAAAAAAUGAUCAUGGUCCAUAUUACAUUAGCUACUUUUAUGUCUAUAAUUUCUUACUAUAACUAAUAUAGUAUAUUAGAUUUACAGAUUAUUCGCAGCAUGUGUACUUUAGCUUGUAAUACCAACACCCUGGGUUAUGAUUUUGAUUCAUUAAACUUAUCAACUUGCAUCAUAGAUAUAAAAUUCUAUCAAUAGAGCAUUGAUAGAAUUUUAUAUUACCCUACAAAACUCUACCUAAAAUGGACUGAAAACCGCUCAUAGACAAUAAACUUAAUAACUUUCUUAAGUUCCUUUUCCUUAAGUUAUAAAUUGAUAAUAAAAUUCUGCAGCUUCCUCGUAUUGAACUACGGAUCGCAUGAUCCUGGAUUCAUGAAUCGUUAGGUAUUGGGGUUUUCCGUUCACAAUUCUCUGUACCAGCACGAAGAUUGGCUGUGAGAGCACAUUUAGCAUGCGAUACCGAUUAUUGUCGCUAGCAAAUGAUAGAAUCGAUAAACUUCACCUAGCCGCAUUAGAGCAACGUGGUGGGUCUAUGCUCAAAUAAAGGGUUUCCUGCGAUUGACAGUGCCCAGCCAUGGGAUAGGCUGAUGAAAUUACAUUUUAUAACUACUUUUUGGGUGCACCAAUGGGGUACGUCUAGCUUGUACAGUUUAUAUUAUUACAAUUCCCACAAUUUCAAAUUCAAUUACACAUUGAUACAACUUUUAUUGGUUUUCAGUCCUUCAGUUUCCUCGAGUUUAAGUUAUCUCAAAACCAAACCAAAUGAAUUAGUUUUCUAAUUGGUCCUAACAACUUAACCUCACUUUAUAUUAAUCGUGAUCUCUUUAUUAAUGGAUUUCCGUUAAACUUUUAUCGUAAGAUAUAAUGCCUUUUAAGUGACUCUUCAAAUUAAAAACUUGUGUUUAAAAAAAAAAUUCAGCCAUAUACUAUGUAAAAUGUCGACAUAUAUAAAUCAAGAAUUUGAUUUUAAAAGUGCCAUGUUAUUUUUUACCGCUAAGUUGUUAUAGAUUACGACGUAAAGGAUAGGGGGGAGUCUUUAACCUACGAGUGCCCAAUAAUAUUGCAUUAGAAAACAAUAAUACGCUUAUUUUAGAUAGAUAAAAUGCCUUAGUAGCUAUUUAAAUGUAGAUAUCCGUGCAAUUGU